AUGGGCCUGGCGACCGCCAAGCUGCUGGCAUCACGAGGAGCGAUCAUUUCUCUCGCCGACAUCAACGGGGUUGCCGUGAAAGCGGCCGCCGAAUCGUUGACGAACAGCGAGAAGCAUAUCUACACCGUGGUUGACGUCUGCGAGAGCCGUUCCGUUAACCAUUGGAUCACGUCCACCGUGCAAAAACUGGGCAAACUCGAUGGCGCCGUGAACAUGGCUGGCAUCAUCACAGCAGCCAAACCGGUCGCCGAAGAAAUGGACGAGACGUGGGAUUUCAACUUCGCCGUAAAUACGCGUGGCGUCUUUUUCUGCAUGAGAGCUGAGAUUCGGGAGAUGCUGAAAGCUGGCGGCAGCAUUGUCUCUGCGGCCAGUACUUUUGGCCAAAUGGGCUCACCCGGCGUUGCGCCAUACUGUGCCAGCAAAGCGGCUGUGAUCGGGCUUUCAAGAGCAGCAGCGAAAGAAAACCCCAGCAUCAGGGUUAAUUGUUCCGUCAAUACUCCCAUGUCUGCCGGCGAAGAUCCCGAGGAUGUGAAGCGUGGUUUACAACAAACGGUACAGAAAAGGAGGGCGGAGGCAGUCGAAGUGGCCAACGUGAUUGCGUUCUUGUUGAGCGAUGAGGCGUCUUUCGUGACUGGCGCGGUAUAUAACGUGGAUGGGGGCUGGAUGUGUUGA